CGGUGCGCUGCAGAUUUUGAAGCGCAGCAGCCGGAGAGCGCAGCAGCGACUUCAGCGCUGCCACUUUGGAGCUUCGGUCGAUGAGAGAAGCUUUGCUGGUGGAGACGAGUGAAGCAGCGAGUCUGGACCUGCGGUUCUCCCGCUGCCUGAAAUGAAGUUCCUGAUUUGUCUGGCGGCGGUCGCCGUGGCCGUGGGAUGUGCACGCGCUGGUGAACAUUCUCUGGAGCCGUGCUCAGGAUUGGACUGCAGUGGAAGAUACAGGUGCAUCCCAGAGAAAGGCAGCAGGGGUCGUCCAGGGCCUCUUGGCCCUGCUGGUGUCAGUGGGCCAGAGGGGCCCCGUGGGAGUCCUGGACCUUCAGGGCCAAAAGGAGAAAAGGGUCAUAUUGGACUGAAAGGACCUGCAGGCUUGAAAGGGGACAAGGGACCGAUGGGAGUGCCAGGGUUCCCAGGAACUGAUGGAGUACCAGGUCAUCCUGGUCCAGAAGGUAGCAGAGGCUUACCAGGAGAGGACGGUUGUAAUGGGACCAGAGGCGAUCCCGGUUUGCCCGGCUAUGGCACUGGAGAUCCUGGAAGUCCUGGAAGUCCUGGAUUCCCUGGGCCUAUUGGUCCGAAGGGUCAGAAAGGAGAACCUCGACAUGUCCCUGACACGGGCUUUCAAGGUGUUCCAGGAGAAGCUGGAGAGCCUGGAGUCAGAGGUCCUGAUGGUCCAGUGGGUCUGACUGGUCCGAGGGGGCCUGAUGGAUACCCUGGUCUUCCUGGUCCUCCUGGUCUGCCAGGGCUAAUGGGAAGCCAGAGUGAUGGCUAUGAAGGGGAGAAAGGAGACAAGGGUGACGUGGGUCUUCCCGGGCCCAGUGGUACUCGUGCAGACGAAUCGCUAAUAAGCGAACAAACGCUCACUAUCUACAAAGGAGAUAAGGGUGAACCUGGUUACAAGGGAGCCCGUGGAUAUCCUGGCAGUCCCGGCCUACCCGGACCUUUUGGUUAUCCAGGAGAGCCUGGAGAGAAGGGUAUUCCAGGAUACCCAGGAGCCAGAGGCCCUCCAGGGUUUAACGGGCCUCCUGGUCCCGGAGGACUACAGGGAUUCAGAGGUGAUCCAGGUUACCCCGGGCAACCAGGAUACAUUGGGCCGAAGGGAGACCAGGGAGAUCCUGGACCUCCAGGACCUCCUGUCUACACCAGUGAGCUGGGUACAUCUGUCCAAGGACCACCAGGUGAACGAGGCUUUGAUGGACUUCCCGGUGCUCGUGGCGAUCAGGGACCUCCAGGUUUCCCAGGACCACCAGGGAGACCAGGACCCAGCAGUUUUAACCCAGAUCUGCCAGACUUUAGUGGUUUUCUCAAGGGUUCCAAAGGGGAAAGAGGUAGCCCAGGCAGACCGAGCUAUGGCCAGGAAGGAAUUUCAGGUUCCACUGGACUUCCUGGACCUCCCGGCCCUCCUGGACCACAAGGGAAUCCUAGUUCCCAAGGAGUUAGCAGCCCCGGUGAGCCUGGGCGGCCCGGUCCCAGAGGAGAACCAGGUGACAGAGGAUACAAAGGCUUCAGAGGGGAUCCUGGUGACUGUGCCUGUCUUGGAGGGGGUGGCGGCAGAUCAAUUCCAGGCUUACCUGGACCACCGGGACCCAACGGCAACCCUGGUUACAGUGGACCAAAGGGUGAAAUAGGGGACCCUGGCAGACGUGGGUUGGUUGGGCCUCCAGGUCCUCCUGGGCCUGCUGGAGAGAGAGGCUUCUUUGGCCGUAAGGGAGAAAAGGGGGCAUCUUACUACACCUUCCUGGGCUUUGGUAGGAAAGGUGAGCGUGGAGUUGUUGGACCUAGAGGCCCUACAGGAGAGACAGGAACGCCUGGCAGAGAUGGAUUAUCUGGAUUUGCCGGACCUCCUGGACCUCCGGGUGAUGCUGGCUUUGGCACACUUGGAGAGAAAGGCUUCCCAGGAUUCUCAGGAUCUAAGGGUCGCCCCGGUGACGCCGGAGAGCCCGGUAUUGGUUAUGUUGGGACACCCGGCCUUCGUGGAGAUGCCGGUGACCCUGGUUUACCUGGGUUGCCAGGGCAACCAGGUUUGCCUGGUCCAAAAGGUGAAAACAGCUGUGGAGGGGUUAUAGACGCCGAAGAGGGAACGGGUCUAGUGCUGCCUUGCACCAUACCUGGUGAGGACGGAGACCCUGGUUCACCUGGUUUACCUGGACGACCAGGUCCUAAAGGCCAACCAGGUUUUCCAGGAAGCCCAGGACGUCCAGGGUUUAAUGGUCCCAAGGGAGAAAGAGGAGACUCGGGCUUUGGAGGCCAGCCUGGACCACAAGGUUUUCCUGGACCACGGGGUGACUCUGGAGUUCCAGGUAUUCCAGGACUGAGUCUUGAUGGAAGCAGAGGAAAGGAUGGGCUUCCUGGGUACCCAGGAGAAAAAGGCCAGCCUGGAGAGGCCCUGGGGGCUACACCUGGGCCUCCAGGACGGGAUGGUGCACCAGGAGCUCCUGGAGACAAGGGUCUGCCUGGGACUCCUGGAUCACCUGGAUCACCUGGUUUGGAUGCAGGUACCGGUGUUCCUGGUCGGAAGGGUCAAAGAGGAGAGGAUGGUCUUCCUGGUAUUCCUGGCUUACCUGGAAUUCCGGGGGACCCAGUUGGUGUCAUUCCAGGUCAGCCGGGUCUUCCUGGCAGUAAAGGGUUGAUGGGACCACCAGGUUUCCCUGGUCGUAAGGGAGCCCAAGGAGACCCAGGUUUCACAGGGCCUUCCGGUUUGAAGGGGACACCAGGACUCCCUGGUAUACCUGGAUCACCAGGUCCAAGAGGACCCCCUGGACCUUUAGGACCAGGAAUCAGAGAUGGCAUCCCAGGAAUACCGGGAAGGAAAGGUGAAAUAGGUUUCCCAGGACUCAGGGGUUUCCCUGGACUGUCAGGUCGUCCUGGCAGCCCCGGGUUUCCUGGAGGGAAGGGACAGCCCGGAGAGCCUGGAAGAGAUGGAAUACCUGGUGGGCCUGGAUACCCUGGACAAAAAGGUGACCGAGGAUAUCCUGGGGAUCCUGGCAGUCUUCCCCUUCUUCCUCCCUUAUAUGAAUAUUUGGACAAGGGAGAUCCCGGCCAGCCUGGCAUUCCAGGUCUACCUGGCUUCCCCGGACCCAGAGGUGAUAAAGGCCUGCCAGGCCCACCUGGUCGUCAGGGUCUGCCUGGACUUCCGGGAUUUCCUGACCAGAGUAAAGGACAACCAGGAGUGCCUGGUUUUUCUGGGCGACCAGGUUCUCCAGGCUUCCCUGGACCAAAGGGAGAACCAGGAGUCAUGGGAUUCCCAGGCACUUCUGGAGCAAGGGGUGAUGAUGGCCUACCUGGAUAUCCCGGUAACCCCGGAGAAGCCGGAAGGCCUGGCGCCAAAGGCAUUCCUGGAGAGUCUUAUGGGUAUCCCGGAGCUCCAGGAGCAAAAGGAAGGCCAGGAGAUUCAGGCUUCCCAGGUGGACGUGGUAGCGAUGGCUCGCCUGGUGACAAUGGCUUUCCCGGAAACUCAGGUUUCCCUGGAACAAAGGGAGGUCCCGGUGAACCAGGUCAACCAGGGUUAAUGGGAUCCCCUGGUUUCCCCGGGCAGAAAGGCCAACCUGGCCUUCCAGGUAGAAGUGGAUUAGCUGGGCCUUCUGGUCAGCCUGGUGGUCCUGGAGGUCCGGGAGCAAAAGGUUUGUCUGGAUCUCCUGGUUUGGAUGGGCUCAAUGGUCUGGCUGGACCUAAAGGCCUCCCUGGAACACCAGGUGGCAUCACAGGGGGUCAGCCAGGUGUUCCUGGUACUCCAGGGUUAAAGGGAGAGAGAGGUGUGUCUUAUCCAGGAGGUCCAGGGUUCCCUGGGCUGAAGGGAGAGAGAGGAGUGACAGGUGAUCAUGGACAACCAGGGUUUCCUGGCUUGCGUGGACCUCCUGGUACUGUUGUGGGCUCAGACAUUCCUGGACCUUUGGGAGACCCAGGCCUCCCUGGACUGGAUGGAGAGUAUGGUUUACCAGGUCCUCCAGGUCCUCCUGGGCCUCCUGGUCCAGGCACAUCACAAGGAGACAGAGGUGACCCUGGACUCCCAGGCUUCCCUGGUGCCCCUGGUGCCAAAGGAGACUCCGCAGGACUGGGAGCACCUGGACUUUCUGGGAGUCCUGGAUUCAAGGGAGAGAGAGGUGAUACCGGAUUCAACGGUGUUCCUGGUCGUAAAGGAUUCCCCGGUGACCCUGGUUAUUAUGGACAUAAAGGCUCACAGGGACCAAAAGGUGAACGUGGCAUUCGAGGUUACCCUGGCAUCGCCAUCGCACCUCCCGAUAUCCGUACACUCUAUGGAGACAUGGGAGACAGUGGACCUAACGGGCCCCCCGGUUCUCCCGGAGAACCUGGUCAGCCUGGGAUACCUGGACAGCCAGGUCCGAAGGGUCGUCCUGGUCCUGCGGGCAAAAUGGGCAGGACGGGCCCUGCUGGUCUGCCUGGCACUAUUGGGGAUGUUGGGCCGCCUGGUUUCCCUGGACCCACUGGAGAACAAGGCUCCCUCGGUGCAGUCGGUCGACCCGGCAACCCUGGCGGUGUCGGCCGCAGCAGCAGCAUUGGCUACACUCUGGUGAAGCACAGCCAGAACUCCCAGGUGCCCAUGUGUCCGCAGGGCAUGGCCAAGCUGUGGGAUGGGUACAGCCUGCUGUACGUGGAGGGUCAGGAGAAGGCCCAUAACCAGGACCUCGGUCAGCCGGGUUCAUGCCUCCCCAGGUUCAAUACCAUCCCCUUCCUGUACUGCUCCCCCAGUGAGAUCUGUUACUACGCCAGCCGCAAUGACAAAUCCUAUUGGCUGUCCACCACCGCACCCAUACCCAUGAUGCCUGUAGCCGAGCAGCAGAUCCAACCGUACAUCAGCAGGUGUUCGGUGUGUGAGGCUCCGUCUCAGGCUGUGGCGGUCCACAGUCAGGACUUGACCAUCCCCAUGUGCCCCCCAGGAUGGAGGAGUCUCUGGAUAGGAUACUCCUUCCUCAUGCAUACGGCGGCUGGUGCUGAGGGUGGCGGUCAGUCCCUUGUGUCACCCGGAUCGUGCCUGGAGGAUUUCCGCGCCACACCAUUCAUAGAGUGUAACGGCGCCAAAGGCACCUGCCACUACUUUGAGAAUAAGUACAGCUUCUGGCUGACUACAGUGGAUCUCAACCGACAGUUUGUUCACUCGCAACAGCAGGAAACCCUGAAGGGAGGCCAGGAACGCUCCAAAGUCAGCCGCUGCCAAGUCUGCAGCAAAAUUUUAUAGUUGGAGGAGGAGGAGCCACAGAGCAAAGGACGAGAUGAAACUUAAGAACAUGUGACUGACUAAAAUUAAGCCCCUCCCCCACUUCAGCGGGUAAUUUCAGGGUUGAAUUUUUUUAGGAAUGAAAGGUUUACGAAAAAGACGCGGCGAGUAGGAGGGAGGGGUUUAAAAGAGGGUGGUCCUGCUGUGAUCCCUCUUUUCUAGAAUAUCACUGACAAAUGGUGCUAUUGUUUUUGUUUAUUUUUAUUAUUUUUUUUUUUGUUUUGUUUUGUUUUUUUCGAUGUGUAUUUUCUCGUUGCUGUUUUGGCGGGAAUCAUUCUCGGCUACCUCGGAGAGCGCCGCCCCUCUGGUCAGCACUGAACCGUGCAUGCAUCAGUGCAGCUUCAGCUCAUCCAAGCUGAUUUUAUUGAACCAGAUCUAAAAAUGAUCCCGCUUCAAGGUCACACGGAUAGGAAAAUCCUGCACCUUCUGUCAAUUUCAUGGUCACGACAGCAGCUGCAGUCACACAUUAUUUUAUUCUCCACCUUUCUCGUGUUGUUUCCUUUUUUUUUUUUUUUUUCUGACAAGAAAAUCAGAUUGCACGGAGCUGAGGUGACGUAAAACAUCACAGUGAACAUUAGUCCUCCUGAGGAAAUGAAAGUGUCUGAGAAAUUAACACAACCUCAGGCUUCUUCAACUUUAUGUUGUUUCACAUAAAAAUGUGUCUUUAUACAAACAGUUUCAAACAUUGAGCUCUUUAAUGGCAAAGGCAACACUAAUCUGUACCACCUGAUCUAAAGCAGUGCUUCCUUUUUCCCUUGGGGCCCCCCCACACACACACACACCACAUAAAAGAAAGUUUGAGUCCCCCACAAUUGUACAAAAGAAACACAACCCCCCCACCCCACUUAUACAUGAGAAACUCUGAGCCCCUCCUCUCAUACAAAAGAAACUUUGCACCCCCCCACUUAUGUAAAAGAAACGCCGCGCCCCCUUCCCCCAACACAUAUAUAAAAGAAAUGUUGAACUCCUCCACAGUCAUAUAAAAGAAACAGAGUGCUCCCACUUAUACAGAAGAAAUGCUGUUGACCCCCCCCCCCCCCCAACAGUUAUAUAAAAUAAAUGCUGAGGCUUUCCCAACACUUAUAUAAAAGAACUUCUGAGGCCCCCCAACACUUACAUAAAAGAAAAGCCGAGCCCCCUGCCCCCUCAACAUAUAUAAGAGAAAGGUUGAACUCCUCCACAGUUUUAUAAAAAACAGUGAGCCUCCCACUUAUACAAAAGAAAUGCUGUGGGACCCCCCCCCCACACUUAUAUAUAAGAAAUGCAGAGCACCCCUUCCCCAUAUAUGUGUAACAUGAAAAUAAAGACUAUGAAAGUGCCCUUCAUUCACUUUUUUGAGUGUAUAAUGUAAAUUAAAAAGAUUGCUAAUUAAUGUGAACACUGCAGCCAAUAAAUAUGAUACUAACAUUUCAAUUAAGGAAACUUAACAUCUUUAAUGUAAAAUAAAUAAAUAAAUAAAUAAAAAACAAACAAACAAAAAAAAAAAACAAGCAAUCUUAAUUUGAAGCCCUCACUUAUUUUAAUGACCAUUUUCGGCUUAAAUUCUUAAAUUGUGGCUUCACAGCGACAUUUUUCAGAGCCACUGGUGCACGUUUCUAAACAACAGGAACUCGAUUAAACCUAAAUGUUCACUGUGGUCGAUUACAAACACGCUCAUAAAGUCUCUACACAGCAAGUUUAAUAAAUGUUAUACUUAUAGAGUAUUUCUUUUUUUUUUUUUUUUUUGUCAAUACAAAUGUUUUCAGUCCCUGCUCCUGACCCCAUGCGGCUCUUUGGUGCUACAAAAACAGACGGUAAGUAAGUGACAUAGGUUCUUGCAGAAAACGGCACUUUUCCUGAAAAAUACUACAAGUACUUGUAUAGUGUAUUCCGCACAGCACCACUUGAACACGGACACUCGCUCAUAUAUUUUGCACUGAUAUGAACUCCGAUGAGUUGGAACCAUCAAUUGAGUCUGUUUCUUUUAUAUCUGGCGCCGUGGCGUGUGGUUUGCAUUCAUCCCGUCAUUCACACACACAGAAUGUUAAUUAUUGCUGUACAUAAUGCUUAUUCCCAAAACAGUUUUAUUUUUUUAUUUUCUAAUCCUCUGAUAACAAACUUUUAAAUGUUGAUUAUUCAUCAAAAUCCAAAGGCUUCACUACAAGCUGAUUAUCAUUUAUAAGCUGUUUCCUGUAAACAUUUGAUCAGUGGAGGUCGGUUGAUCAUUCCCUGACUUAUAACCACUCAGACCGCCGUGUCGCUCUGCUGGUAGCCCAGAGUUUGUGUCAUCUUUGUUGUUUUGUAAUCUACAGUGUAAUUAUUUGACUUCAGUCGUGACUCUAUCCCCUGGUUUUAUUUACGGAGAUGUGAGGGAAUGGGAUGACAAGUUUGAUCUGUACAUUGAAUAAUAUGAAAUCUGAAUCUGGAAAAUAUAUCCACCUAUUUAACAGACAUAUCUGUUUGAAGCACCUGUUUAGGGUUGUGAUCCCUUGUAAAAGAGUCUUGAUUCUUUUAUGCAUUCUACAUGUAAGAGCCUGGUUUCCUCAAAGAGGAUCUAUAACUGAAGACGGUAAUAACACAUCUGUUACUGUCGUUUCUGAUGUUACACAUUUGAAAUAAAGUCUCAAAAAUUAACAUUUGUGGUGCUGAAUCAUUGUGUAACAACACUUAUGACAACGUUCUGCAUCAUGACAAAUGUGUAACUGCCUCCAAGAUAUUAAAUAAAAACAAUAAAAAUGCAUGUGUUUUUGUUAUAAUGUGAGUUUAAUACAUCUGUGUGUGUGUGUAAUUGAAGAAAAUUUGUAUGGACU